CGCCUAAAUCUUCCCACAUCCCCAUUUUGAUGCGCGAAACCCAACGUCGGAUUUCUGCGUUUCAAUCACCGAGAGUGUGGGGUUUGAGUGUCGUUUUGGAUUCCGGUGGGCUUUUGGGGGUUUUCGUUAAUGCGAUGAACGCCCACAAGUUCCAAAUCUUCGAUUCUGUUCCGGCCUAAGUCUCUGCCCAAGCGCGUUGCGGUUCUCUCAUGGCAAAGCGCGUCUUCCAAGUCUGGAAAGGAAGUAAUAAAUUCAUUUUUGGUGGAAGGUUGAUAUUUGGGCCGGAUGCCAGGUCACUGCUUGUCACACUGCUGUUGAUCAUUGCUCCAGUUAUCAUCUUUUGCAUAUUUGUCGCAUGGCAUCUUCGUCAUGAAUUUCCAUCAUAUAAUGCAGGAUAUGCCAUUCUGGUGGUUGCGAUUGUAUUUACCAUAUACGUGUUGGUGCUUCUUUUUCUUACUUCAGCCCGGGACCCUGGGAUUAUUCCUCGAAAUUCACAUCCACCCGAGGAGGAGUUUCGUUAUGAUUCCUCAGUGUCUAUUGAUGCUAGCGGAAGACCAGGGAGUGGUAAUGUUGGUGGGAGACAAACUCCAAGCCUUCAAUUCCCUAGAACUAAAGAAGUGAUGGUCAAUGGGCUUCCUGUAAGAGUGAAGUAUUGUGACACAUGUAUGCUAUAUCGCCCUCCUCGUUGUUCUCAUUGUUCUAUCUGCAACAACUGUGUGGAGCGCUUUGAUCACCACUGCCCUUGGGUGGGGCAAUGCAUUGGCCAGUGCAACUAUCGGUUCUUCUUUAUGUUUGUCUCUUCGGCAACUCUUCUCUGCAUCUACGUGUUCUCAAUAUCCGCUCUCCACAUUAAGAUUUUGAUGAAUGAUCAUGACGGGACAGUUUGGAAGGCAAUGAAAGAAUCUCCUGUGUCAGUCAUACUAAUGGCCUAUUGUUUCAUUUCACUUUGGUUUGUUGGUGGACUGACUGGCUUCCAUUUGUACCUUAUUGGUACCAAUCAGACUACUUAUGAAAACUUCAGGUACAGAGCGGAUAACAGGAUUAAUGUUUACAAUCGUGGCUGUGUAAAUAACUUUCUUGAAGUAUUUUGCACAGAAGUAAAACCCUCACGGAAUAACUUUCGGGAUUUUGUUGAAGAGGAAGCGCAAAGGCCACCCCCUUUGCCCACUGCACGGGAAGCAGAACCAGAUGAUUCGGGUGGGGAUCCACGGUCAAAGGUAGAGGAUGAUUUAGAUAUUGGUGAAGAUCUGUUGAAGAUUUCCCAGCGUCGUAAUAUUGAAGAGAUUGAUGAGGACAUACGCAGUAGAGGGAGCAAUGGACCGCAUAAUGCCUUGGAAGCAGACUCUGUCCUUGGUUCAGAUCACCGCACUCCAACCAUUCGAGCUGAUGCUAGACACUCGAGUUGGGGAAGGAGUGGGAGCUGGGAAAUUGCGCCAGACGUCCUUGCUAACGAAAAUGUCACUGAAAGUAGAAGUCAUGUCACAUCACAGGAUGCACGUCACUUAUGAGUGGGUUGUGACUUUGCGUAAUUGAUUUUUGAGAUGACAUGCACUAGGGGACCUGUGACUGAGCGCCGCGAGUAUUGGAUGUUGAUUUCCAGGGUUGGGGUUGGGACGGAAAAUGCCAUUGACCAGAGACUUAAAAUUAUGCCGAGGGGAGUUGAAUGUAUUCCCUGUAGGUGUACAACGUACAUGACUUUAUUUUUUGUUGUGAGAUUGUUUGUUUCCAUUUAUUUCACAUAGAAUAGGAAGGUGUGUUUGUAAUUGUUUUGGGAAUGAAGGGGAUAGUGUCAUGGCCAUUUUUCAUAUAAUAUUCUUUUCCGUUUUCACUCACUAUUUUUAUACCUGUGUUACUCGUUGAAGGUGAGUCUUUGUUUGUCUGAGA